AUGUUGUCUCGGGGCAGUCUUCGCAGCGGCCAACUUUUGCUGCUGCCACUGGCUCUCAUGUCGAGCUUCUGGCAACACGCUCACGGUCUGAGCCAGACAUACUGCUCGAGCCAGAACUCGGGCUCCGACUAUGACGCUGUGACCAACAUUUACCAGUCCAAUGGUGCCUGCCAUGACGAAUGCGCUGCCAACUACGCCUUUGCUAUCGUCCAGUACCAGCAAUGCUGGUGCUCAAACUACGCUCCUGCAGACCAGCUUGACGUCUCGCAAUGCAGUCAAUCCUGUCCUGGUUAUCCCAGCGAGAGCUGCGGUGACAAGGACAACGGCCUCUACGGCUACAUCAAGCUCAACAUCGAUCCAUCAGGCACCCUAGGUUCUGGCUCAAGCAGUAGCUCCACCAGCAGUGCCGCUCAAUCCUCAACGCAGCAAUCGUCCUCUUCGAGCAAGCCUACAACAACAUCAUCUUCUUCGACGCCUUCUUCAACAACAACUUCUUCAACACCUUCAUCCACACCAACCUCAACAUCUUUCUCCAUCACCUCUACUCAAGGAGCUGUUGUGACAAGCAGCCCUUCUUCUACUUCCGCGGACUCCGAUACCAGUUCACUAUCUCACACCACCUUCGUCAGCACCCGUGUCGUUACCCUUUCGGGCGCUCCUGUUACGCAAACGGUCACAAGUACCGCUGUCGUGACCCCCGGUGCUGGCUCGCUGCAUGAUACCGAACGAAAAGGUGUUUCUGGUGGAACUGUGGCCGGCGCUGUCAUCGGCUCUGUUGCUGGUGUUGCUCUGCUCCUGGCGGGUGCAUUCUUUCUUUGGCGCAGAAAACGGUCCGAGACAUCCGAUCCAGAGUCUCCGAGGUCAGGCUCUGGGUCAGGUUCUGCUCGAAGAAGAAUGGAACGCAACACUAGCGUUCUCAGCAAAACCGGUCUACUGUCCCCUGCAGGCACCGCUGUCGACAUGGAGAAGUUCCCUGAUGAUUCGACAACGGGCCACAGAUACCAAGGCAGCGAAUCGACUGCACCAAUUCCUACCAGCCCAGAUGGUGACAGACGUAAUAGCCGUCCGCUUGUUUACGAUCAGCGACUGAACCCUGCUGCCCUGAUGCAGCACUGGGAGCAAAACGGCAGUCGCGCGAGUAUCGGCACCAUGCAAGACCAACGAGACUACUCUCGGCCCUUGGGUGUCACCAACCCCGAUCCAGUCGACGACUAA